AUGGCAAAAAAACUGAGUGAUGGACGGAAACCUGGGAGUGGACGUAAACCUGGACGAGCCAAGACUUUGGCAGAAGGGCGGAAGCCCGGCAGUGGGCGCAAGAAGGGGUCUAAGAACCUUGGAAUCAGUAAUGGGGCUGUUAAUGCUACUGGUAGUGGGACGCGCCGCUCACGUAGCUCGUCACAGCACUACGGGAUGGACCACUCAUCGUCGUCUGCCUCUUCCCCAACUAUAGCUAUGGCUACUUCUUUGCUGCUUCAACAGCAGCAACAGUUUCAUAACGGGCAGGCUCACUAUGCUGCUCCGCACCGUAUAAUGAAACGGGGCACAGCGGAUAGCGCAAAUUCGAGUUCUAAUUCAAGCUCGAAUUCAGAUCCAGUAUCGAAACGAGAUAGAGAACUUAUCGACGCCUUGAACAAGCUCUCACGUUGCAAAUCACCUCCACAGUCGCCUGAUCCAAUGCAGACGGCUAAAUUACCCAUGCUCUCGUCGUUCUGGGGUUCGGUGGAUGUCCCACUGCGACAAGAACAUGAGCAACAGCUUCAGCAUCAACUCCAACUCCAGCUGCAGCUCCAACACCAACUGCAAUUGCAACACCAGCACCAACAGAUACAUUCACAACAAAACUCACUUAAUAGUAACAACUCUCACCAGCAGAUUCCAGGUGUCAUGUGGCCCAAUACGCCGCCGCCUCAAGUCGCUAGUUCUUCUUCAUCAUUGCACCAGAACAACCCUUCAGCUCAUCCUUCUGACUUAAACUCUUCUCACUGA